AUGUCUGCUCUUCCCGAGCCGAUGUCUGCUCUUCCCGAGCCGAUGUCUGCUCUUCCCGAGCCGAUGUCUGCUCUUCCCGAGCCGAUGUCUGCUCUUCCUGAGCCGCCGGUGUCUCCUCUUCCUGUGCCGGUGUCUGCUGUUCCCGAGCCGGUGUCUGCUGUUACCGAGCAGGUGUCUGCUCUUCCCGAGCCGGUGUCUGCUCUUCCCGAGCCGGUGUCUGCUCUUCCUGAGCCGGUGUCUGUUCUUCCUGAGCCGUUGUCUGCUCUUCCCGAGCCGGUGUCUGCUCUUCCCGAGCCGGGGCCGGAGACUGCUGUGUCUGCUCUUCCCGAGCCGGUGUCUGCUCUUCCCGAGCCGGUGUCUGCUCUUCCUGAGCCGUUGUCUGCUCUUCCUGAGCCGGUGUCUGCUGUUCCCGAGCCGGUGUCUGCUGUUACCGAGCAGGUGUCUGCUCUUCCCGAGCCGGUGUCUGCUCUUCCCGAGCCGGUGUCUGCUCUUCCCGAGCCGGUGUCUGCUCUUCCUGAGCCGUUGUCUGCUCUUCCUGAGCCGGUGUCUGCUGUUCCCGAGCCGGUGUCUGCUGUUACCGAGCAGGUGUCUGCUCUUCCCGAGCCGACUGCUGUUCCUGAGCCGGUGCCUCCUCUUCUUGAGCCGGUGUCUCCUCUUCUUGAGCCGGUGUCUCCUCUUCCUGAGCCGGUGUCUCCUCUUCCUGAGCCGGUGUCUCCUCUUCUUGAGCCGGUGUCUCCUCUUCCUGAGCCGGUGUCUCCUCUUCCUGUGCCGGUGCCUCCUCUACCUGAGCCGGUGUCUGGAGAAGUGAAGGAGGAGAGAGAAGAACUGAGAGAAGUGAAGGAGGAGAGAGAAGAACUGAGUGAAGUGAAGGAGGAACAUCAUGUCCAACCUGGAGGAAAACCCUUGAGUUACUCAAAGACUAAACAGACAUUUUUAAAGAAAAGAGCAGAUAAAUCUUUCACCUGCACUCAGUGUGGGAAGAGUUUAACAACCAAACAACAUCUUGAGAUUCACUUGAGGAUCCACACCGGAGAGAAGCCGUUCUCAUGUGAUCAAUGCGGGAAGUGUUUCAGUCAAUCAUCAUCCCUUAAUGUUCACAUGAGGAUCCACACCGGAGAGAAGCCGUUCUCAUGUGAUCAGUGUGGGAAGAGUUUCACACAAUCAGUACACCUUAAAGAACACAUGAAGAUCCACAUUGGACAAAAGUCAUUCAGUUGUCAUCAAUGUGGCAAAACAUUUCUUACUGCAUCAGACCUGAAGACACACCUGAGAGUUCAUACGAUGGAGAAGCCGUAUUCAUGUUCUGUGUGUGGAAAGAGUUUUUCACUGCUGCGAUAUUUACAUGGGCAUCAGAAAAUACACACUGGUGUGAAAGAGUACAUGUGCAUUGAGUGUGAGAAGACUUUUAUUUCAGCGAACUGUUUAAAACUGCAUCAGAGAAUUCACACUGGAGAACAACCUUACAAGUGUUCACACUGCGACAAGAGAUUCAGUAAUUCAGCAAAUCAGAAAACACAUGAGAGGAUUCACACUGGGGAAAAACCUUACAAGUGUUCACACUGUGACAAGAGAUUCAGUCAGUCACAACAUCUGAAAACACAUGAGAGGAUCCACACUGGAGAGAAGCCGCACACAUGUGAUCAGUGCGGAAAGAGUUUCUCCAUUAAAAGUCGCCUGAAGCUACACAUGAGGAUCCACACAGUGGAGAAACCCUGUUUGCAGUAUUUAGUUUGAUCAAACCCUUCAUCUGUGUUCUUGUAAUUCCUCAUCUCUCGCUGCUGUGAUCAUGAUGUACUCAUUGCUGCACUGUAAACAGAAUACUGUGAAAUUUACAGUAACUUGCUGGCAGCAUUUAACACGUCAGUUGCUGUAGGUCAUUUUACAGUAUGUUUACUGUAAAUUUAAUCUCAGUAACUAAAUACUGUAAACAUUUUUAUAUUUUGAAUUACUGUAAUAUGCAUUACUGCAUUCAUAAAAUGAAGACACUGUUCUUGACAUUUGACAACUUUUCACAUUAAUUUUUCAAAAUGUAUAGAAUAAAAAAAAACAUGGCAUACAUGAAAGAUAAGAACUGCCCACAAUUGUUUUUUGUUGUUUUGAUACCAAAAUGCUGCAGACACAUUUAUUGGCUGUAGUGGUUAACCUGCAAUUUACACUUUAUUUGUUUAAAAACAGCAGGAUAUUAAACUGUAGAAUUUGGUUCCCGAGCGUUGUUUUUCUCCCAGAACUCUUAAACUGGAGCUGAACUGGUUAACUUCCUAGGCUGGAGUCUUCUAGCAGUGGAAGAAUUUAAAUGGUAAUGUAAAAGUUUAUAAGCAAGAUAGAUGGGUUGAUGACAAUAUAUAUAUAUAUACAAGUUUGAUUGGCUAAAUCAAAUGAUCCAAUCAACAUGCAAUCAUACAAUUUCCACUUCUCUAUAUUCACACUUAAAACAUGGGUUUCCACACUUUUUUUUUAAAGGGAGCCAAAUUUGAUUUUUGGACACGGCGGGGGGCCAGAUAAUGUUGUUGUCAUUCCCAAAAGGGCAAAAGAUGCAGAUUAAUACAGGUGCAUCAGAAUCAUUAGGCAAGGCAAGGCAAGUUUAUUUAUAUAGCACAUUUCAUACACAAUGGCAAUUCAA